ACAGCCUCUGCAGAUAUGUUAAGUCGUAAUAUAUCAAUUAUUUUGGAAAAUCUCUUGAAAAGUUAUGAGCAAUCUCAGCUACCCACUCACGGACAAGGCGUCCCUACGGUUGUUCGUACCAACAUUUUAAUACGCAGCAUGGGUCCGGUAUCAGAACUCGAUAUGGACUAUUCAAUGGACUGUUAUUUCCGUCAAUAUUGGAGAGACAAACGUUUGAGUUUCCAGGGUCCCAUCAAGAGUUUGUCCUUAAGUAUAAAAAUGCUGGAUAAAAUUUGGCGCCCGGAUACUUAUUUCUACAAUGGAAAACAUUCGCACAUACACACCAUCACAGUGCCCAACAAAUUGUUGCGUUUAGAUCAAGAUGGCGGUAUAUUAUACUCUAUGCGUCUAACCAUUAAAGCCACCUGUCCCAUGGAGUUAAUCAACUUUCCUAUGGAUCAUCAAUCAUGCCCCCUAAUUAUUGGAAGUUAUGGUUACACGAGUCGUCAGUUGCUUUAUGAAUGGAAGGGUGGUGUUGAUGCUGUUUCCUUUGUACCCGGCAUGACUUUAAAUCAGUUUGACUUGAUAAGCAUGAGUAGUCGUAAUUCAACCUAUGCCCGACGAGAGGGUGAAUUUUCCACACUACAUGUGGCGUUUAAUCUUAAGCGGCAUACGGGGUAUUUUUUGAUACAGGUUUACGUACCUUGCAUUCUAAUUGUCGUAUUAUCGUGGGUCUCCUUCUGGAUACAUCGUGAAGCAACCAGUGAUCGUGUUGGCUUAUGCGUUACAGCCGUUUUAACCCUAUCAACUAUUAGCUUAGAUUCACGCAUCGAUUUGCCCAAAGUGAAAUAUGCCACCGCACUUGAUUGGUUUCUACUUAUGUGUUUUCUCUACUGUAUUGCUACGCUGUUGGAAUUUGCUGGGGUACACUAUUUCACAAAGGUGGGAAGUGGUGAAAUACCAGCAAUUAGUGAAGAUGAAUGGGAAGAUAUGGAGGAAGAACAAUUGGAUUAUGAUGAUGUCGAUCAGGAAUUACCUUCGAUGCGUGAGAGUAAUGAAUCUUUGGCGGCAGAACUCUCACAAAAUUCCGAAUAUGCUCCAAAUGUACCAGGAGGAUUUCGCAAACGUAAUGCCAUGAUCUGUCCCAUAUACGAUGAUGAUCCUACACAUAUCUUUCAAUGUCCGUCUUCACAUGCUUCGACUAUGGAGAGGACAACGCAAACAGAUGCUCCGGUCAUAUCGAAAGCCAAACAAAUGUGGUUGUGCUUUAUAGGGGACACGAAAUUUCGCAAGGAACGUGAGCGAGAGGCAGCUAAUAAUAAGAAAGGACCUCGCUAUGUCAACAGUGUGUCUUCAAUUGAUCGCAUUUCACGCAUUGCCUUUCCCAUGUCAUUUGCUCUGUUCAAUGUGUUAUACUGGUUGGCUUAUGGCAUGUAUAAAAAGGAUUUUUCUUAG